AAAAUUUCAAAUAAAAUUUCAUAAAAUAGUGUAAUUAAUUAAUUAUAGACGUUAUGGAUGAGUUAGAACAGCUAGAACAUCUUUCAUUAGUUUCUAAGAUAUGCACAGAAUUAGAGAAUCACUUGUCUAUCAAUGAUAAGGACUUGGCUGAAUUUAUUAUUCAUCUUGCCGAACAAAACCCAAAUAUUGAGGAUUUCCGGAAAGCACUAGUUCAAAAUGGAGCAGAAUUCAGUGAUUCAUUCACAUCAAAUCUUAUGCGAAUCAUAUGCCUGAUGAAACCGGCAUUAAAAAAUAAAUCAAACCAACCAGCACUUACAGAAAAAUCAUCAGAAAAGGAUGUACUUGCUUAUAAAUUUCCAGGUCUUGCGAUCCCAAACAAUGACAUUGAUAAUGAUGAGGAUGAAAAAAAGCCUAAAAAUGACGAAUCAACUGUUGACGAUAUGAUGGCUGAAUUGGAAGCAAUGGCACCAACAACAUCAUCAAAUAAGCCAAAUGACGAUAAAAAGGAAGUGAUUGUAAAGAAAAGAAAAACUUCUCGUGAAAGAAAAAGAUCGAUUAGUCCAAGAAAAAAAUCCAGAAGUCCACGAAAAAGAUCCAGAAGCCCUCGAAAACGAUCAAGAGAUCGAAAACGCUCAAGAUCCAGAGAUAGAAAUGUUAAAAAGCGAAGUAGAUCAAGGGAUAAGAAGCGUAGUCGUUCACGAGAUAGGAAAAGACGAUCAAGAUCACGAUCAGUCGAUAGAAAAAGGAGGAGAUCACGUUCAAAAGACAGAAAUAGACACAACAGAAGUAGAUCCAAAGAAGAAAAGAAACGAGUUGAGAUUAAAGAUGAUCCAGAAUUGGGAAAGAUUUAUGAUGGUAAAGUUGCAAAUAUCGUAAGUUUUGGAUGUUUUGUACAACUUUUUGGAUUACGAAAAAAGUGGGAAGGACUUGUUCACAUCUCACAAUUAAGAUCAGAAGGACGAGUAUCUGAUGUCAAUGAAGUUGUAAGUCGUGGAAAUAAUGUAAAAGUAAAAGUCAUGUCAAUAACAGGACAAAAAGUUUCAUUAUCAAUGAAAGAAGCUGAUCAACUUACAGGACGUGAUUUAAAUCCAUUAUCACAUAAACCAAUGGAAGAUGAUGUUAGUGCUAGAAAUCCAGACAGACCAGUUGCUCCAAUGUCAAUGCUUUCAUUGCCUGGAAAUGUUGAUGAUGAUGAUGAUGUAGCCAGGAAGCGUGUAACGAGAAUAUCAAGUCCAGAAAGAUGGGAAAUUAAACAAAUGAUAUCGUCUGGUGUUAUUGAUCGUAGUGAAAUGCCUGAUUUUGACGAAGAGGCAGGAUUAUUAGCAAAAGAAGGUGAAGACGAAGAGGAUAUUGAAAUUGAAAUUGUUGAGGAUGAACCACCAUUUUUACAAGGUCAUGGUCGUGCUUUACAUGACUUAUCGCCAGUUAGAAUCAUUAAAAAUCCUGAUGGUUCACUUGCACAAGCAGCUAUGAUGCAGUCAGCACUUCAAAAAGAACGUCGUGAACAAAAAAUGUUGGCACGCGAACAAGAAGCUGAAUCAAAGCCUACUUUUGGUAAAGAUUGGAUGGAUCCGAUGGACGUAGUCGAAGAAGAUAAAGCAGAAACAGCUAAAUUUAGUUUAGCACCACAAGACAUUCCUGAAUGGAAGAAACAUGUCAUUGGUGGCAAAAAAGCAUCUUAUGGACGAAAAACAGACAUGACAAUAGUUGAACAACGACAGUCGUUGCCUAUUUAUAAGCUCCGUGAUGAUCUUAUUAAAGCUGUAUCCGAUAAUCAAAUUUUAAUUGUUAUUGGAGAGACUGGAAGUGGAAAAACAACUCAAAUUACUCAAUAUCUUGCUGAAGCUGGAUUUAUAAGUCGCGGACGAAUUGGAUGUACACAACCACGUCGUGUUGCAGCAAUGUCCGUAGCUAAAAGAGUUUCAGAAGAAUAUGGUUGUCGAUUAGGUCAAGAGGUUGGUUAUACUAUUCGUUUUGAAGAUUGUACAUCACCUGAAACAGCUAUAAAAUACAUGACAGACGGUAUGAUGUUGAGAGAAUGUCUUGUGGACUUUGAUCUUAAAUCAUAUUCAGUUAUUAUGUUGGACGAAGCUCACGAAAGAACAAUUCAUACUGAUGUCUUAUUUGGAUUAUUAAAACAAGCAGUUAAGAAACGUCCUGAAUUAAAAUUAAUUGUCACAUCAGCUACACUUGAUGCUGUCAAAUUCUCUCAAUAUUUCUUUGAGGCACCAAUCUUUACAAUUCCUGGACGAACGUUUCCAGUUGAAAUAUUGUAUACAAAAGAACCAGAAAAUGAUUAUCUUGAUGCUUCAUUAAUUACAGUCAUGCAAAUUCAUUUACGUGAACCUUCUGGUGAUGUUUUGCUAUUUUUAACUGGUCAAGAAGAGAUUGAUACAGCAUGUGAGAUACUUUAUGAAAGAAUGAAAUCAUUAGGUCCUGAAGUUCCAGAACUCAUCAUUUUACCAGUUUAUUCAGCACUUCCAUCAGAAAUGCAGACAAGAAUCUUUGAUCCAGCACCACCAGGAUGUCGUAAAGUUGUUAUAGCUACAAAUAUUGCUGAAACAUCGUUGACUAUUGAUGGAAUUUAUUAUGUUGUUGAUCCUGGAUUUGUCAAGCAAAAAGUAUACAAUUCAAAGACUGGAAUGGAUGCUUUGAUAGUCACACCAAUUUCUCAAGCAGCAGCAAAACAACGAGCUGGUAGAGCAGGAAGAACUGGUCCCGGAAAAGCUUAUAGGUUAUAUACAGAACGAGCUUAUCGAGAUGAAAUGAUGCCAACGCCAGUUCCUGAAAUUCAAAGAACAAACUUGGCCACAACUGUUUUGCAAUUAAAAACGAUGGGAAUUAAUGAUUUACUUCAUUUUGAUUUUAUGGAUGCACCACCUGUUGAAUCACUUGUAAUGGCUUUAGAACAGCUACAUUCAUUGAGUGCCCUUGAUGAUGAAGGAUUAUUGACAAGACUUGGUAGAAGAAUGGCUGAGUUUCCAUUGGAACCGAAUUUAUCAAAAAUGCUCAUUAUGUCCGUUGCUCUUCAAUGUUCCGAUGAAAUUCUUACAAUUGUUUCAAUGCUCAGCGUUCAAAAUGUCUUUUAUAGACCAAAAGAUAAGCAAGCUCUUGCUGAUCAAAAGAAGGCAAAGUUCAAUCAAAUUGAAGGAGAUCAUUUGACACUCUUGGCUGUAUAUAAUAGCUGGAAAAAUAACAAAUUUUCAAAUGCUUGGUGUUAUGAAAAUUUUGUUCAAGUCAGAACAUUAAAAAGAGCACAAGAUGUUCGAAAACAAUUGCUUGGAAUUAUGGACAGACAUAAGUUGGACGUUGUGUCAGCUGGCAAAAAUUCUGUGAGAGUUCAAAAAACAAUUUGUUCAGGUUUCUUUAGAAAUGCAGCCAAGAAGGAUCCACAAGAGGGCUACAGAACAUUAGUCGAUGCUCAAGUCGUUUAUAUUCAUCCAUCGAGUGCCCUGUUCCAUCGACAACCUGAAUGGGUUGUUUAUCAUGAAUUGGUUCAAACUACAAAGGAAUACAUGCGAGAAGUGACAACAAUUGAUCCAAAAUGGCUUGUGGAAUUUGCACCAUCAUUCUUCAAAUUCUCAGAUCCUACAAAAUUAAGUAAAUUCAAGAAGAAUCAACGACUAGAACCACUUUACAAUAAAUAUGAGGAAGCAAACUCAUGGAGAAUAAGUCGUGUUAGAAAGCGAAGAAAUUAAGCAUAAAAUAUUGAUAUGUUUAUGUAUUUUAAAAUCAACAAAUAAAGUCUCGACCCAGGUGUGGGGACUCUACUCUCACACACUUUUUUCUACGCA